CUCCACUUGUUCUGCUGCUGUUUCCCCACUUUUUCGCUUCUUAUAGCGUAACCUUUUCGACAUGGGCAACAAAAUAUCCAAUGUCACUGCGAUCGCUGGUAUAGACAGCUAUGUGAGCGAGUUGGGUGACAUUUAUUAUGAGAAAAGCAUUGGCAAUGCGCGUUUUAUGAAAACCAUAUGCGGGCGGCAUAAAGAUUCACUUGUCGUUGUAAAGAUAUUCGUCAAAUCCGAUCCCCAACUGUCACUUUCAAAAAAUGUCAAAAAACUGCAAGAUGAACAUGACGCCUUGAACGAUGUCCCAAACACAUUUUCAUGCCAACGUAUUCUCGAAACCGAAAAGGCAGCUUACAUUGUACGACAAUAUUUCUACAGCAGUCUAUACGACAGAAUAAGUACUCGCCCGUUCUUGACCCUUAUCGAGAAGAAAUGGAUCUCUUAUCAAAUUCUAAGAGGAGUUGCCGAUGCACACGCGAAAAAUAUCUAUCAUGGAGAUAUUAAGACCGAAAAUGUCAUGGUGACAUCUUGGAAUUGGGCAUACCUAGUCGAUUUUGCAUCGUACAAGCCGACAUAUCUUCCUGAAGACGAUCCAGCGGACUUUUUGUUCUUUUUUGAUAUGUCUUCACGGCGUAGUUGUUACAUUGCUCCGGAACGUUUUUAUCAGUCUGGAACCGAGAUCGAUCAACGCAUGAAAAACUUGGGUAUUGGUGAUCAAAUUGACGAAUUGACGCCGGAAAUGGACAUAUUUUCUGUCGGUUGUAUUAUAGCUGAGCUUUUUUUGGAGGGAACAUCUGUCUUUUCAUUAUCCCAACUUUUCAAGUAUCGGUCAGAUGAAUAUUCGCCAAAUGCGAACUUGGAUAAGAUUGAGGAUGAACAUAUAAGGGACAUGGUGAAGCAUAUGAUUCAGUUGGAUCCCAAUGCACGUUACACAGCGGAUCGAUAUCUUGCAGAGUGGUGCGACAAGGCAUUCCCUCGGUAUUUUUAUACCUUUCUACAUCAUUAUAUCAGCUCAGUCACCGACAAAGGCUACAAUGUAUCGACACAGGACGGUACUACUGCACCUAACGCACCUGCAUCGACUACUACACAGGCGAUUUCGGGGUUAAAUACUACCAAUCGAAAGCUUACGGAUGCAGACGAGAAAAUCGAGCGAAUAUACCACGACUUUGACAAGAUUGCUUAUUUUGUGGAUGCCAAUGUGUCACAAGGAGAUUCUAAUACAGAUACCGGCUCGCUUAUUGAUGAGCGACGACGCACAUUGUCAGAUUUACCCAAAACAAUCGCGUCGGCGAUUAUUUUACCGCCAACGCUGAAUAUUCCCAAUUACGAGCCAGAUAGCGCAUUUACAAAUCGGACGGGAUCUUUGCGAAAACCUGGAGCCACAUCAGAACAGGGCUCGCUUAUAUUCUUGUCAUUUGUUUGCUCCUUGCUGCGCAAUGCGGCAUAUCCAAGCUCGAAAUUAAAGGCGCUAGAUAUACUGUUGGCUCUUGGUGAACAUUUGCCCGAUGAUGUCAAAUUAGACAGACUUGUACCAUAUCUCAUGACUUUACUCACGGACGAAACAGCGCUUGUGCGAGCCAAUGCAAUCAAAACACUCACACAAGUGUUAUGCAUGGUGGAAUCAAUUUCACCCAUCAACGCACGUAUAUUCCCCGAAUAUAUCUUACCAAGCGUCCGAGAAUUUGCUACCGAUCAAGAUGUCCUCGUGCGAACGACCUACGCCAGCUGUAUAGCGCUUUUGGCAGAGACCGCCCUUCGAUUCCUAGAAAUGACGCAGCUAUUGAAGAACAACAAUGCUUAUCUUUUGGGUGAUGCCGACACUGAAGAGCUUGACUUUGAGUCAACAUAUGACUCCUCGCUACAAGAUUUAAAGUCUGUUAUCCAGGAGCAAGUGACGACUCUUUUAAUCGACUCAGAAAGCACUGUGAAGCGUGCGCUGCUUUCCAACAUUACGUGCCUCUGUGUGUUUUUUGGAAGACAGAAAGCUAACGACAUCUUGCUCAGCCAUAUGAUUACAUAUCUCAAUGACAAGGAUUGGAUGUUGCGAAGUACAUUUUUCGAGAGCAUUAAAGGAGUUGGAACAUAUGUUGGUGCAAGAAGCUUGGAUGAAUAUAUACUCCCUCUGAUGAUACAAGCGUUGACAGAUGCCGAGGAGUUUGUGAUAGAAAAAGUGUUGAAUUCAUUAACAAGUUUGACCGAUCUGGAUCUCUUCAACAAGAUCAAGCUGUGGGAACUUAUUGGUACCGUAGCGCCAUUAAUGUGCCACCCUAGUACUUGGAUACGUUAUGGCGCCAUUGGAUUUAUUGCGUCCGCAUCAAAAAAUCUAUCACAGACUGAUUUAUGGUGUAUCGUAUACCCCCGUUUGAUGCCUUUCUUGACGACAGAGAUUGUUGAGAUUGAUGAGUAUCAUCUUAUGGAGAAUGUUAAAGCACCGCUUUCACGUCAAGUUUAUGAACGAGCCAUUUCUUGGGCUGGUAAAGCAACAUCACAGUCGAUCUAUUGGCAAGUGCCCAAGGCCAAAAAGUCAAAGACACCCAAUGCCAUUUUUCCUAGCUACCGUUCAGAGGGCCGAACGCAAAACUGGCCAUUCAAUAGCGCGAAUAACGAUAUAAAUGUAUCCGACCAAGCUCAAAUAUCAAAAGAGGAUGAGGGGUAUCUCGAGCGCUUGCGAAAUAUUGGAAUGGACGCUGAGGACGAAGAGAAGCUAUUAUACAUGCGUGAAUACUUGUACAAAGUAUCACGUUCCAAACUGAGUCGACCGAGAGGAUUCGACGAGUUUAGCAUUUUUAGUGGCGAAGUCUUUUUGAAAAGCAUUGGCGUAACACCUCUGACAGUCUUUCUGCCAGACGUUCCCAAUGAUCUCUCCAAUCAAACGACGAGCCCAACCGAAAAGAAUGCAUUGAUGCAAACUCAGUCCAAACAAGAUGUAUGCAAGCUUAACCGUGUCGCAAGCGAGCCACAUGUCCAAGCCAUCCUCCCUGGCCUAGUAGAUGAACAUUCUAACGCAGUCGAUAACCUGUCUCUUAACGAAAGGAUGAGUACAGAUGAUCGUGCUACUGUUCGUUCAGCACCAACACCACGCGCGAAUCGGUCUGGUGAAGUCGCAUCAAAGCUCGAUGGUGUUGCAUUAACAGUGUCAAGGUCGGCAGGACCACACACAAAGAGUGACCAUGAGCUUCGAAAAUCUACAGCUGGCUAUAGCCAUUUACAAAAUUUGCUGACCAAGGUUGCUCAGGAGGCGUUUCCACCACAUAUGCCAGAAUUCGCUGGUGAUCCUGCUGUUAUGAAACGGAUCCGGCGACUUCCUCAAGGAGCGUCUUCAUUCCGCAGUAUCAGUAGCUGGAAACCUGAAGGCAACUUGGUCGCUCACUUUACUGAGCAUACGGCGUCUGUCAAUCAGCUGGCGAUUUCGUGGGAUAAUUUGUUGUUUGCAUCAUGUUCUGAUGAUGGAUCAGUGAAAAUAUGGGACUGUUCUCGGCUUGAACGGAACGUUACCAAUCGAUCUCGCGUGACAUAUAAUCAACAAGGUGGCCGAAUCAAAUGCUUGACUUUUAUCCAACAAACAUACAGUAUUGCAGCUGCAUCUGAUAAUGGAAGUGUACAUGUCUUUCGUGUGGACAUGCGUAAUGCGGGCUCCGCUUUGAAGUUUGGAAAAUGUGUUCCUGUCAGGAAGCACCAACUGGACAACGAAUACGCUAUGACUAUCAAGCAUUUUACUAGUGAUGCCUCAAACACGAUGGCUGGAUCGAAGUCCAUAUUGCUACUUGCAAGCAACAAAGGAAACAUCUAUGCCUUGGAUCUACUGACUAUGGAAACAUUAUGGAAAUUGAAGAACCCCUUGAGUUAUGGUGUAAUUAGCAGCGUCGUAACAGAUCGUCUUCACACGUGGAUGCUAGUGGGAACUACGCGCGGCUUUUUGACCUUGUAUGAUCUACGAUUCCAGAUCCCGUUACGGUCAUGGCUUCAUCACAGCGGAAGUCGAAUCAAUUAUAUGCUGCUAAGUCAUGAUCCAAAAGCUGAAGGAAAGCACGUCAUUAUCGCAGCUGGAAGCAAUGAAGUAUCUGUUUGGGACAUUAUGCAGCUACGCUGUGUUGAAGUCUUUGCGGUCAAGCUGGGUGAAGAUAUGCCUAAAGCCGCCAAUGACAUUCGUACGGAUCACUACAAGCUCGUCGAAGCACCGUCUGAAGAUGAUCUUUUCGAAGAGCCCAAUAUCAUUAAUGAAGUCCACUUUGCGGAAAACUCAAUCAAGGCGAUUGUAUCACCAUCUGACUGUCGAUUUAUCAUCACGGGUGGAUCAGACCGCAAGCUCAGGUUCUGGGAUACUGCACGGGCAGAGAGCUCAAGUGUACUUUUGGGACUUGAUUCGGAUGAACCAAAACCGCGUUACAUCGCAACUGUCCAUGAUCAAAUCAAGUUCCAUUUCGAAUACCCAUAUGCACUACGCAACCCGUCGUCCGCAGCCUCUAUGCAGAUGGGAUACAGCGACAGCAAUAGCAGUGGCCGCGGCAAUCAUCAAACGCCCAGUGAAACAAACUUUGCACAGCAACAGCAUUUGCUACGCAACCAUACCGACGCUAUUACGGACGUGAUUUUGACAGAAGUGCCUUAUCCAAUGAUCAUCAGCGGUGACAGAGAUGGAGUGAUUAAAGUUGUAUCAUAAGAAGCGACAUUUCCAUUAUACCCCCUCCCACACAUAUUUUCCAAUUCAAAUAACUGUCUCGAUUACAAUGCACCCUUACAGCGGUACAGAUGAGUACUGGCUUCAAUAAAUCCUACUUGAUGGUGAGAUAGAAAAGAAGAAAAUUACCACGGGCAACCCCG